UUUCAACCAGCUCCAGAGAAAAGCGGAGACAAGCAGUCAUCAUUUCUCUCUCAGCUUCUUCCUACUAACCUACACGGAGGCGACGAGCCAAGAUUAAAAAUCUUCUUCACUUAAAAGGAAAACAUAUCAAACUUAAAAUUCAGAAAAUCAUGGCUGACACAGCAGUUGACACGACCGCAACCGCAGAGGUUACAGCUAAGGAGCUGAAAGAGAAGAAAGAAGUGGAAGUGGAAGAUAAGGAGAAUGGCAGCGGGGAAGCACCUGCCAAUGGCACAAAUGGUGCUGAUCACAGUGACAAAGUGGACAAGGCUGCAGAGGAGGAACACAAGAAUGGAGAUGGGAAUGCAGAGGAGGCUCCCCCUGCUGAGGAAGUUGAUGCACAGCCUGUGAAGCGUGCAGCUGAAGAAGAGGAGGAAAAUGUGGAGACAAAAAAGCAGAAGACGGAAGAAAACGGAGAUUCAAAAGAAGCAGAAGUGGAGGCUUAAGAGUUCUCCUCUGCUACUUGUUUGCAGCACUGUCUUAACAGCUUGGUCAACAUUGUGUUGUAGAGCUUGUGCUUUCUGUAUCUUUGAGAGAUUUUUUUUUUGUUUGGUCCUAUGUUAUCAUGUUGCACUGGAGUCCUGAAACAUAGUGGCCCUGCCUCCUUUUUUUACGAGAUGUUAUUUAUUGGUCUAUAAAAUGAACUUUUUUUUGUACUUGUACAAAUCGGGCCACAUUAUGAGAUCGGUUUUCUUUAAUAUCUGUGUUGUAAGCACAUUCUCUACUAUGUUACUGCUGACCAGCUGAUUGAUACAUUUAGGCAGCUGCCCCCCUCCACCAAGGCUCAUGUUGACCUCUCAGAUUCACUUAAAGGACCAAAGAUAAGUUUUAAGCAGGGGCUAAUGGACAGUUGUCAGCAUUAUUAGUUAAGGCAUAGUUUUGUGUUGAGCUGCUAGUACUUAAUCCUUUGCCUGGCUGCCCUGUUAACAUAACAGAUGGCACAAAUGAAUGAAGGGGUCUCUGUCUUGAACCUCCAUGAUAAGAUUGCUUGACCCUGUUUUAUGGAGGCAUGCUUUUGCAAUGUUAAUUAACCCCUCUUAAAUCUUAAAGCUUUGGUCAUUUGUUCUGUAUGCAUUCCACGCAAAUUUGUACCAUUUACACUCUACUGUGUUUUUUUUUUUUUUUUUUUUUUUUUUUUUUUCCCUGGGUUUUCAAUGAGUUUGUUAUGUUAUGGCUGGGUAGCCCAGUUUUGUGUCCAAGACUGCCUUUCUCAGAACCAGAAUGACAUUCGGUUACUUCAGCCACUGCUUUGUAUAUUCUGAUUAACAAAUAAAUUGUCUUUUUACUUAA